AUGCCGAAUGUGGACAAGCACCUGUUUAGAUUUCAACCAAGAUGUAACAAUAGCUACAUGUAACAACAAUUUAAUUAUAUAUUCUACUACACCUAGGAUCAUACGAUGAUAUAGUAACAAGCACCAUGGGCAUCCCAGGUCUGACAACUUUGAUAGAUGAUAACUUGCAGCUUCUACAAGACUAUCAGCUUCAUCAUUCUAAAGUUAUAAUCGAUGGUAACAAUCUCUACCAUCUACUCUUCUAUAGUUACAAUGUUGGUUUCACACACGGAGGUGAUUACGAUAAAUUUUCAAGAAAAAUUAAAGAAUUUUUCGACAUUUUAAAAUCAUGUGAUAUAGAACCUUACAUUAUCCUUGAUGGUGGGUAUGAGCCAGAUGAUCGAAAACUGAAAACAACAUUAGAGAGAGCUACUAAAAGGAUACUCUUAUCAGGAGCAAUAAUAAACUCUGACCGGGGAAAGAUUCUUCCUAUCCUGUCAUAUGAAGUGUUUAUGACUGCACUAGAGGAACUUGGUAUUCCUCAUGUAACAUGUGACUUUGAAGCAGACAACCAGAUAGCAAUAUUAGCAAAUGAUUUCAAAUGUCCAGUUAUUUCCUUUGACAGCGACUUUUAUGUUCUUAAUCUAACCGAUGGGUUUAUUCCAUUUGAUAGCGUCAACUUUGAAGUCCAGCCAACAGUAACAGACAGUGAUGGCAAAGAAUUUAAAUAUCUUCCUGUCAAAAGGUAUUUCACACAAAACUUUAUUUCAUGUUUUCCAGAACUUGAUAAGGAAGUUUUGCCUCUAAUGGCAACAGUGCUUGGAAAUGAUUACGUAAAUAUUCACACCUUUGAAGAAUUUUAUUCGGCUUUAAAAAUUCCUAAACAUGCUCCGUUAGGCAUUACUGUUACUAGAACACAUACCAAAAUGAUGAAGAUAAUGAACUGGCUGGAAAGUUUGAAAAGUAUUGAAAGUGGAGUAAACAGGCUUAUAUUGUCAGUUAAACCUGAAAGACGAGAUGGUGUGAAAGAAUUAAUUAAAAAAUCAAUGGAUGCAUAUACUAACAUUACCACAUACCGUUCAUUCAGUUUGUAUGAUUUCUUCACCAAUAAAAAAGAAGAUUCAUCAAUGAGUUAUCAGACAUUAAGUUAUAAUAAAAACACCAUUCCAUCUUGGUUCAUAGAUUUUCACAGGCAAGGGAAGAUGCCACCUUUCAUGCAGAAUACAUUGGUUCUUCAUAGAAAUAUCUUACAAUGUCAAGUGGAGGAAAUAAAAAUGCCUUCAUCGUACAGUUGUUCUACAUACUUACGUCAAGUUUUGUACAGCAUAUUAUUGAGAGACGAAUUAAAAAAAUUUGCAUGUACGGAAAUGUCAAAAAAAUGUUGCGUUGAGGAGUAUGAUCGACAAGAUGGACAGAAAAAUGUAAAGAAAAAUCUAAUUGAAAUCAUUCCUUCAGUGGAAGGAUAUGGUGACCUCCCAGGGCUAGGUGAGAUAGAGGAUAUAAAAUGUAGCAGAAAGCGAGAACUAUUGUGCAAGGUUUUUAAUCUAAACUUUGAUCAAAGUAACAAGGAAAUUAUCAGUGAUGACAUAGUUUUGUUUAUAAUGGCAGUCGUUUUCUGGAUAAGAAAUGCAGACCCUAAAACAAAUUUACAUUCUGUAAAAACACUUCUGGUCUGUUGGGUUGCUUUGUCAGCAAGAACAAUUACUGAAGAAGAGGAUAAAAACGAUUCCACAAUAAAUGCAGCAUUUACAAAAUCUACUUUAGACCAGAGAGAAAAACUGAAAAAGAAUUUAGAAAAGUUUUUUCAUGCACCUCAACAUACUAUGAAGCAUCCUAUUGAUAUAAGUAUCAUUCAUGGAUUUGCUCAGUUUCAGUCAUGUUUUUUGUCAACUACACAUUUGAAUCAAAUAUUGGGUUUUCCAUUCCCACCUGUUAAUCCGUCAGCAAUCUUCUGUGGAAGUUUUCUGUACAAUUUUUGUAAGGAUCUGCAAACAAGAUCAAUUCCCGAUCUUUUUAUAUCAGAAAUGUUAGUAAAGCAGUCCCCUGCUCUUUCUUUGUUUCAAAAUCUGAUGUCAUUUAUUUUGUCCACAGUUGAUGAAGAUCAAUGUUUAAAAACUGUCACAUCAUCAAAUAAAAGGUCCAGAAAUAGAAAGAAAAAGAAGGCGGCUACUCCAGUAGACAAAAAAAUUGACAGUGAAGAUGAUGAACUUUUAAUUACCAAUGAGACCAUUGAUAAGAGUACUGUUAUAAAAGUGAAAACAAAUCUCAAAGCUGCUUGUGAACUGACAAAUAGAUUUAAUUUUCUAGAUAUUAACGAUUCUGAUGAUACUGAUAGUUAAUAUCUUACAAAGUAUAAACUUGUUUAAUUAAAAAUGAAAGAAUAGAAA